AUGGGUAUGCCAGUAGAGCACAUAUUGCGCAAUGCCAGGCAGAGGCCACUCAACAACGACGAAGUAUCUCACGUUAUCGCACCUAUCUCUGAAUUCCUAUUUGAAAAGGGCAAGGAGAAUGGCGAGAAGAAACCUGAUUGGUUUAGCGAUAAAUACAACGGGAAUGGUAUUCUUACAGAAGCCACGGCAUUUGCUACGCGUCUAUUCGCUUAUUUACCACCCAAAGAGGAGCUACUGAUUUACCAGGAUCAUCUCUUUCAACAGCUUUUUAGUAAUCCUCACAGGGUACUGGAUUGGCAGCUCUGCAAGCUACAGGCUCGAUACAUCUACUUCCGCAAUAUCAGCGACAAGAAGCUGAAUAGCUUCUUUUCAAACAUCUACCGAUGGGAAGCUCAAGCUUAUCAACCACUUCUCUCCGAAACAGCUUCUCCACUCAUCAGCUUAGACAACAUUAACCAAUCACUAUACCACAUGUGCAUCUUGCAUCCUGAAUUUUUCUUCAUGGGAGAAGUCAUCAGCGUUAUGCUCCCGAAACUUCAAGGCGAUGUCGGUUUCAUGGACCACCUCCCACCCCCACCGACGAUCCUCGCAUUGACAGCAUCUGACAAUGAAGACGUCAGCCAAUGGGCGAACGAUAUGAUCGAUAGACAUACUUGGAAACCAAUCACCAAGGAAAAUGCCAAGGUGUACUUGAUCAUUUUUCGCAACAUCCUCAAGCUUAUUGUCGAUAGAGAGAAUGGGAAUCUCGACGCUGAUGGAGAGUGGCCUAUACAGGAUGACCCGGAAGUACUAUGGACCGUCCUCGCCAAGACACUAGCCGCUAUGGAUUCAAGUGCCAUUGAGGAAGUCAGCAGAUUUUGUCCUGGGUUAUUGAAAGACGUACAGAGGCACCUAUGUGAUGUUAGGGGUAGGACAUUUACACCACUUUUGAGGUGUUUUGUCGCUCUCAUAUCUGUCAAACAAACAUACUGGUCUGUGGACUCGUAUAAUGAACAGCAGAGGCAGAAAAAUGACGACGAGCAUUCAGUUUUACUUCUGCGACUGAUGAAUUCAGUUUUGGAUAAUCCACUUUACAGGCCUCUGGUGACACAGCCUGUCACCUUCCGCCACGAUGACGAUAUGAGUUGGCCUCUCAAUUGGUGGUCGAAUCUCGUUAUGAAUGUCGAAGAUGUCCAUGAGUUACAUGAUUCAGCCCUAAGGAGUAUUGCUAGGAGAGGUUUCGAGUCCACUGGUAACGGCGGCGAGAACACCAAAUACAAGUACUACGAAAAUAUCAUUGGCGUUUUAGAGAAAUGCCUAAACAAAUAUGAAGGAAAUGAGCGAAAAAUGCAACUGGUUUUUGAAAUUCUAAGCAUAUACAAGAAUAGCUUGCUCGAGACGGCCUUUUUGUUACAAGAAGGCAACCCAGCACGUGGCAAAUCACAAGAAGCCACAAGAGGUUUGUUGCGACUGUGUCUAAGAAAAGAUUGUGUUCGCCUAAAGCGCGGUUUAAAUGACUUCAUGGCAAAAUUUACUCCAUGGAAAGAUUACGAGAGGCAGCGUCAGCGGAAAAAAGUACCCAAAGAACCAAAAGUAGAACUUGACACAAAGAAAACUAUCAUUGCGACAGAAAUUUGGGCUGCAGUAUACACAGUUAUUGGCCUUACGAACAAUAUCGAUGAUCAGUUUGCAUGGAAUUUAAUCCUAACAAAUUUGUCGUCGAUUAGCCACCUUUCGCAGCUGGAAAAUAGUCAAUACGACGAAACAGUUGUUCCCGCUCGGAUGAAGAACACUCUAUUAACAUUUAGGUCGGCGUACAACAAUGCGAUUAAUACUAUGCAAUUCCAAUUCAGAAAAUUGGUACAGAAUUAUCUCGACGAUUCGACACAACACCUUCAGAUAUUAGAACAUACGCUUAAGGCUCCGAAUGUGCAAAUGGCAAUAAUGCGGUUAUACCUAUCACCCAACGGAGAGAUCCACGAGCCUAUAAUCAGUCUACUCAAGAUGAUUUCAGAUCAAGAUGAAAAAUCUGAGGCUAUACAAUGGAUGCUAUUCAAACACCCCAAGACUUUCUUAGGCGGUGUAGCUGCACAAUGCAAGACAUUCUUGUCGGUCGCAGAUUUGCAUCUCGAGGCCUUGAACUUUGCCAAUUGUAUAUCAAAUCAGAAUGAAGAAAUACUGCCGAUGAUCGCUUCUUCUUCAACCGGCUUCCUCAAUCGAUAUGGUGGAGAACCAGCAAUCAAGCAAGCUUUGCUUGAGUAUUGGGUGGAGCUUUGUAGAUUUACAUCGUGUGUACUCAAAUCGGCUCCCAAGUGGCACAGAUAUUGUGGCAAGGAGGAAAUGAUUUCAUGGAUGCGUGAAUCUAUCACACUUGCUGGUGUUCUUCUUGAUUCUGAAAAAGAGUUGCAGAGGUAUAUUACUUCAGUUUCUUCAAAAAUGCUCGAACCCUUAAAUGAGGUACUGGUUCAGUCUGUGGGCUGGCUCAGAGCAACAGAUAUGACAGUCGUAGAGUUUACCUUCAGAUUUAUCGACUCUACUCUUUCAGCAUUUAAACAGUCGGAAUGUUUACCUGCACCGAAAGCUUUGGAGAUGCUGAAUGACUACUAUCGUCAGGCAAACAAACCUGGAGGCUCUGUGAUGAAGCUAUCACAUCUUUCGCUCAGUAAACUCAAGUACCACCUUUCUACAUUCAACGAUGAGAGUGAUGAGGAGGAUGUGCAGAUCAUCGAUAAGAAGCCAUCGCUUGGUAAAUUGCAGAAAGCACUGGGUGUUGACAAGAAGCCUAGUCCGGCUGAUUUUUUGAAGGAAAAGCAGCACGAAAGGGAGCGUCAAGAGAAAGCUAAACAGGCGGAGCAGGUAAAGAAUCCAUUUAUGAGGAAAAUUGCUGGUAAGCCACUUCUCACCGGACUCACCACAAAGAAAGGCGAAGCGCGUAAACCUUUUGUUGCUCCACAGAGGCUAACAUACGGCGGUAAUAAAAAGGAAGAGUCAGAAUCAUCCGAUGAUGGCGGUGACCCUGGUGGCUUGAAGGAUAUGGAUUUGAAUCCUGAGCAGGCCAAGCAGAAGAUGCAAGCUGUGAAAGAGAGAAGAGGCGGUACCAAGGUUAUCGAUCCUCUAGUCGGAACGUCAACCAAAAAGCAACAAUUGAAGAGUGAUGCGAAGCGUGAUGAAUCAUUCCAACGCCGUCAGAGACUCGAUCCUGAUAUCAGCGACUUACAGAAACUCCUGCUCAAUGUUGACUACAACGAUCCUAACAUGAAGAUCGGUUCGCUUGAUCCUACACAACGGAUCCCUAUCGACUUCAGAAACUACACUCACUAUUGGGACAUAAUGCGACCACUUCUAUUCGAAGAGACAUCUGAGCAGCUCAAGCAAGCCAGAUCGGCAGUACAAGUGGAGGAGACGGUGACUGUCUACGUUUCCGCUAAGACGUUUGUAAAUGAUUAUGCGGAAGUUGUGUUGAAUGUCAAAUGCAAUGCGCCAUCCCAGUACUCACUGAGCGAGAAUGAGCUGGUGACGCUGAGUAAAGAUGAUGGCAUCCAGCCUGGUGCCCAAAGAUCAGGAGCACCGACUGAGAAUCAUCCAUGUCAAAAUCUCAUCGCUAAGGUGCAAAGUUUCAAGCGCAGACAUCAAGAUCUCAUUGUGACAGUGUGGUUACCGCUGCGCAGAUCUGCUGCUUUCCAAGAUAAGCACAAGUGGAAAAUGCAGAAAUUCUAUUCGCUCAGCACGCUAUACAGAGAAUAUGGUGCGUUGAAAGGCUUACAGUAUUACGGGCCUGUGAUGAAUAAGAUUCUCAAUCCCGUAAUCAAAGAUAAGUUGCAGUUAGAUAGUGAUACAGUUAAAAAAACGAUGAAAAUGUUGGAAGUUAACGAAUCACAAGCUAAUGCUGUGCUUAGCGCCCUCUGUACACCUGCAGAUGGCUCUUUCAGUCUCAUUCAAGGUCCACCUGGUACUGGUAAAUCUAAGACCAUUCUGGCAUUAGUUGCUCAGUUUUUGAGCAUGAGACCUAAGCCUAUAGUCAGCAAAGCCAACCCAAAUGCGGCUGAUGGCUGGGUGCCUCCAAAAAUACUCCUUUGCGCACCUUCUAACGCUGCUAUUGAUGAAGUUGUCAAUAGACUAAAAGUGCCUAUUAGGGGUGUUAAUGGUGACAUGAAAGAAGUGAACGUAAUCAGAAUAGGUGCAGAUUCGUCAAUGUCAGUUUCUGCUAAAGAGCGCUCGCUAGAGGAGUUGGUAGAUCAGCGCGUCAACUUGGAUCCGACAAGUGCCAGCAUGGACAAUGGAUCGAUGGUCGGUGACUAUAGAGACCAGUUGACACAGUGUAAAAACAGCAUUAAUGAGAUCAGAAACACUAUCAACCAGAAGCAGCAGAAUGAAGGGACAGCCACUCAAGGUGAGAAAGAAGAGUUGAGGAAGUUGAGCGACAAGAGGAAUGAGAUAUCUACCAAGCUGGAUAAGGCCAGAGAUACGCAGAAGUCAUCUGCCAAAGCUAGAGAUGCAUCGAGACGAACACAUCGCAGAGCAGUCAUGAUGGAAGCUGAUGUUGUAUGUUCGACAUUGUCAGGUGCUGGUAAAGGAGAUCUAGCUGAGUUGCCGGUUGACUUUGAGACUGUGAUUAUUGAUGAAGCAGCACAAGCUGUUGAAGUGUCAGCGCUAAUUCCAUUCAAAUAUGGAUGUAAGAGACCGAUACUAAUUGGUGAUCAGCAUCAGUUACCUCCAACUGUAAUGUCCACUGAAGCUAGCAAGAAAGGAUAUUCGAGGUCUUUGUUUGUCAGACUGAUGGAGACUAACAAAGGAUGCGUGCAUUUGUUGAACGAACAAUAUCGUAUGCAUCCAGAUAUAUCCAAACUGCCUUCAGCUGUAUUCUACCAAGGUCAGUUAAAAGAUGGGUUAAGGAUGGCCGAGAAGACUAAGGCUCCGUGGCACGAUAAUGCCUUAUUCGGAACUUACAGGUUCUUUGACUUCGCACAAGGUUCUGAAAGGCGCGUAGAUAAUUCCUACGUGAAUGAUGGCGAAGCAGAUCUUGUCAUAUCGCUUUAUGAGAGAUUAAAGAGACAGUUUGGUGAAGAGUUUUCAUUGGAUUACAGAGUCGCAAUUAUUGCAACAUACAAACAGCAAGUCUUCAAUAUCAAGAGAAAACUCAGGAACAGGUUUAACAACACAGAUAAAGAUAUCUUAGCCAAAGUUGAUGUAAAUACCGUCGAUGGUUUCCAAGGUCAAGAGAAGAGCGUUAUUAUAUUAUCCACAGUUCGAUCUUCCCAAUUUGAUAACGAUGGCGUUUUCAAGGAUCGCAGUGGAGGUCCUAUCGGUUUCUUGAAAGAUAUGAGACGUAUGAACGUUGCUUUGACUCGUGCUCAGUCGUCCUUGUUCAUAGUAGGAAAUGCUGACAGGCUGUCGUACGAUGAAACAUGGAAGAAGAUUGUUGGCGAUGCACAGGGUAGAAAUUUACUUGAGAAAGUAAAUGCCAAGUACUUCCAACAGCCAGCGAAUCAUGUGGCUGCGAAAGCCAAGCAACCUGCCAAACACCCAUCAGGAUUCGAGAAGGAUGUUCGCAACAACGCCAAAAAGAACGAUAAGGGUGAGGUUGAGCAGCAAUCAAUACCAGACAACCUUGUUCCAGCUAGCAAUUCUCCCGUAAAGCGCAAAGCGACUGCUGAGAGUGGAUCCAGCAUGGCGAAAAAGAUGAAAGCCGCUGAAAUGAAUCAAAAUGACAGCAACGUAAUAGACAUUGAUGGUGAUCAGAAUAGUGACAUACCAGGUAUUAGGUCAGAUUCAGCAGAUCAGUUGGUCAAUGCACCAGUUCUUGAAUCAGUAAACAUGGACACCGACUCCAGCAAUCGUUCCCAGUCUGUAUCAGUUGAGCCUGGCAAAGGACCUCGUACAAUGAUGCACAAUGGCACGGCGCAAGAUGAUGAGCAGAAGAAAGCUAUCCAGGCAGCACACAACAGGAAGAAACAAGCAGCCAAGAAUAACUCUAUGUUUAUCAAUAAGAAGAAACCAAAGAAAUGA